AUGGCAAAUAUAGUGCAUGCACCCUUAGGUCAACACGUUGAUUUGGACAGUCAGAUUAACCAGACGCCAGAUUCCGACACUUGUUGGAGGCAGAUUCUCAACGUAUUAUGGGCUCGACAGCUUACGAUACAUAACGUCAGCACGCGUAGAGCAGAAUUGAACUGCUACUUUCAGUACUAUGCUACCCAAGGGCGACAAGCACUCGAAGAUGGCGGACGCGAGAUUGUGUACAGAUCGCAUCGAGAAUUUUUGGAAAUCGUGCAAAUGAUAGUAACUGGCAAAACGCGCCAGGAGAUAUAUCAACACGUUGAACAGCGCGUACCAAGUCCGAGACCUAAUAACGCAGACGCGCUUGUCGAUAAUGCUAUCGAUCUUGCAGCCCGACUGUUGCUGAUGAUUCAAGUAGGAGAUCCGUCACAUUACAUUCUCAAUCGGUGCGAAGAGAUUCUGUGGGAACAAGGAACCAUCAAAGACUUCCUCAGCCUGAAUUUCAAGACGCAGACCGUACUUGCCAUAGACCAGACCAAGCUUGACAUUUUGUUCAAUGCAAGAAACCUUGACAGGAUUGCAGGCCUGAAAAUCGAAUGGACUUUCAAUCUUGCAGAUCACCUACUUCUGAGGGACUCUGAACACGAUCCAGAUGCUAUCAUUCACAUCUUCCAUUGCGCAAGCUUUUUGCAGAACAUAGAGACAAGAAACCGACAGAUCUUCCCCAACAAUUUCAUCGACGAGACACUGCGAACAUUAGCGCUCCUCAUGCCACCGAACAACAAAGACGUCAUACAAUGGUUUAAGAAGCAGAGAAGUUCACAAGGCUUGCUCGACGUGACAGCCGUUCAACUGCCAUUGCUGAAGAUCAAAGAUCGCCGAAUCGAGAAUUUCACGUUCUGGCGAGACAGACUCGUCAUUCUGAAACAGAGAUUUGACGACGCCGACCCUUCGAGCUUCCGCCAGUGGAGGCAUGACAAGCGUAAGAAAGUUCAAUUCUACACCUUCUGGGUGGCGAUCGUGACGUUGGUCCUAACUGCGCUUCUUGCUCUCAUCCAAGACGUUGAGGCUGCCUUGCAAGUCUAUAAAGCUUACAAGCCGACCUCUCCCCGAAUAUAG